AUGGCUCGACACGACGUUGAGACCAGGCCAGGCAGGCCACCUCCACCGCCAUCAUGGGCAUCGAUUCCCAACAAGUUCCAACUGUUCAUAAUAUGUUCGGUGCGGGUAGUCGAUUUCUUCCAGCAAGCCGCGUUGCAAGCAUACAUGUACUACCAACUGAAGUCUUUUUCACCCUCAGCCCCGGACAGCCAAAUAUCGUUCGAGGCCGGCGUGCUACAGGGUGUCUUUACACUCGCCCAAGUCUUCACAGGCAUCCUGUGGGGUCGAGUGGCAGACUCGCCUAGGUUUGGAAGAAAGGGUGUUCUGCUUAUGUGCUUGGUCGGACAGGGCAUGAGUUGCGUGGGCGUGGCAUUCUCGAGGAGUUUCACAGCUGCGGCCAUCUGGAGAUGUCUGGGCGGUGCCGUCAAUGCGACCGUCGGAGGAGCAAGAACGGCUCUGGCGGAGAGCACGGAAAAGAAAUACCAUUCCAGGACAUUCCUGUUGCUACCCUUGGCAUGGAACGUUGCCAAUAUCUUUGGUCCUUUGUUCGGCGGUCUGCUCUCCGAUCCAGUGCAGAAUUAUCCCGCCCUGUUCGGGGAGAAUUCAACCUUUGGCGGAGCGCAUGGCGUCUCAUGGCUGACAACGUUCCCUUAUGCCCCACCGAAUCUGUUCUGCGCGUUGGUUCUGUUUGCAGACGCCUUGCUCGUGUGGAUGGGCCUGCGGGAGACGUUGGCGGCGAAGAGAUACGACCGCGAUCGAGGCAUUGAGUUCGCCGAAAACCUCACGUACCGCGUCCGCCACAUGAUCUUCCGACGUUUCGGCUACAGCCAGCUGAGGCAAGCAGACGCGCCGGCCGGACCCGACACAUUGGACGAUGAGAAUCUCCCUUCGAGUCUACCGAUGACUCCCCUGCCACCCAAGGAAGUGGACAAUUCAAAUUCCGCCGAAACGUCGUCAAAGGUUCCCCCGCGACCGUCUGAAGCUCCCAAGUCCGCACCUCCCUUUUACCAUGCCAUCACGUCGAACGUUCUUCUUGUGUUGGCGACCGUUGCGGUCAUGGAUUUUCAGAUGGGCGGCUUCGCUUCACUGUGGACCAUCUUCCUCUCCUCCGCUCGAGCCACGGACGAGCAAAAAUCCACGGUCCGCCUACCAUUUGUGUUCACGGGUGGCUUGCAAUUCAGCCUGCCGACCAUCGGCCUCGCCAUGUCGAUUCUGGGAUUCGUCGGAAUCAUCCUGCAAUUGACACUCUACCCUAGUAUUAACGCACGCUUCGGCCUCCUCCGCUCAACGCGGUGGUCUCUGUUCGUGUUCCCCAUCGCAUACGCCCUGGCGCCUUACCUCUCCCUCCUGAUCUCGCAUCCAUUCAUCCUCUGGAUCGGCAUCGUCGUGGUGGUGGUACUCCAAGUCGCGGCCAGGACGUUCGCCAUUCCAGGCUCGGUGUUGCUCAUCAACAACUCGAGUCCCAGUCCCGCCAUGCUGGGUACGAUUCACGGCAUGGGGGCCGCCACUUCAUCCGCGUUCAGGACAGUUGGACCCAUCGUCGCGGGCCACUGGUAUGGACAGGGUCUAGAGAAAGGCGUCGUAGGCUGGGCGUGGUGGUGGCUGGCUUUUGUGAGCGUGUUUGGUGUGAUACCCAGCUUUUGGGCGAAAGAUGGGAGGUGA